GUUAUACUCAUUAUACUGCAAUAGCACGUAUAAUUAAGUAUAAUAAUGCAUUUCUUCUUGCACAUUAAAAGUUGGCAACUCUUUUUCUUUUGCGGGAAAUUCGUGAGGCACUACUGCAAAUGUAAACAAUCUGUGAUGGGAAAACUGAGAGACUGGUCUGACUCUUAGUUUCAAGUCUCUCUAGAAUCUAGAUCAUCAUGACAAGUUUAAGUAGAAAACGAAGCCAGCCAAAAGAUGUGGCCUCUGGCAAGAAAUCUAAGACUGAUACAGACUUUUACGACAAACAGAAUUUAUUGUGCAAACUAUCUACAGAAGCAGGUUUGAUUUUGAAAAAUGGCAGCCAAGAUAAUGAAAUAAGUGUGCCAAAAGUUCUGUUCCAAAAACAGCUUGGAACUGCUUUGAAAAACUACUCAGAAAAUUUGUUGGAAACAGUUCAGACCUUUACAAGUAACUUUGAAGAAUAUAUUGACGAUACCAAAAGAUUUCACAAGAGUUUAAUGUCAUGUGUUUUAACUUUAGAUGGCAAAAGCUCACAGACAGACUCGGUAGUUAGAAUAUUUCUUGGUGUGGAUGUAAUACAGUCCACAUUGAUGUCACUUCUGCUGGAUAAAUUGCCAGAGUUUAUGGGAGAUCAUGAUGACUACAUUUUUGAUAAUGGUCAAAAAGUCUAUGUUCCAAGAUUAUUACUUAGCCAGUAUAGAUUCUUGGAUCGCAUAGUUGAUGGACAGACUUUGUCUCAGAAACUUCUGGACAUUUUAAGUGUCUGCUCCUUGGAUGUGCAGAAAGAAAUAAUGGCUUGCAUCCCAGACAUUGUUGAUGACUCCCAGCAUGAACAAGUAGCCAGGAAAUUGAGAGAUGAGCUGCUGGGUAAUAAAGACUUGACAUGUCCUGUUAUUGAAGCUUUGACAUAUUUGAACAUAAUGCCAGACCUUGUGGCUGAGAUUCGCACGUCUGUGUUAGACAUUCUAAAGUCUUUUAGUAUUCCUGAUCUACCUGUUGUCAUCAAGUUCUUAUUGGAGUCUGUCACAGCUCAAGAUGCAGCGGAGGUAGUGAAUGAAAUCAGAUCUAGUAUUGACUUUACCACCUCAUCUAAACUAUCCAGUGAAAAGUUAGCCAGGAUUAAAACAGGGGUGAAAUUGACCAUUGAAGCAUUGAAAGAUAAGAUUCAAUUUAAGAGAUUUAUCACUGAGGCUUGGAUCAAAGUUUUAGAUGCUGCCAAGGAUACUAAGCCUCUUGAUUUGUUCAUACUGCUCAUUCUGUCCUGGUUGAAAAAUAAUAAAGACAGGAAGUCAGUAGAGAGUUUGUUUCGCAACAGAAUCAGGUCUGGCAACAUCACUCAAGUCGGAUUAGAGAAGGCUUUUAGUCACCAUACUGAGGUGUUGAGAGAAUAUUUCCCCUCUAUCAUGUCACUAGCCAGUGUUUUCCAGAGGUCACCCGAGCCUUCGAUUUGUUUUAUUGGCUGUUGUAUGUACAAACUGGCAUUCUCCUUCUUUGAUUCAUAUUGUAAACAGGAAGUUGUCAAGAAUUUAAUUAGUCAUAUUGGAAGUGGCUUUGCUGGGGAAAUUGAGGCAUCUUUGGAUAUUUUAGCUGAAUUAAUUCAAGACCAGCUACCGGAGAUGGCGCGAUUUGCUACAUUCCUGAAGCGUGUGCUUGACUACUUGGACCACAAUAACCUGUCUGUAGUGCAGAUUAAAAAAUUAUACCUCAUGCUAGCAAAACUGGCAUUCACAUCUUCACAGGAUGGCAGUUAUCUGCAGGAUGACCUUCACAUUAUUAUAUGUAAACAGCUGACUAGCAUCAAUCCCAAAUAUAAACGAAUGGGUGUAAUGGGAGCCUUGUCCAUCAUUCAUGCACUUGCAUUCAGUGCUGAAAGUGCAGGGGGUGCUAUGGGAGAUAAUGAAUACAGUGAGGUCGUACAGUUGCUGGAGCUGGUCCAGAACAACAGCAACAAAGAUCCAGAAACUCGGGCCCUGUUCUUGGACGGCCUGGCAGCUGUCAUGGCUACAGAGAAAGUCUACAACAAAGUGAUGCUGUGGGUAGCUAACAACAUGACACAAGUGUUUGAAGAAAACUACAUCGCAGACACAGAGGAAGAUGCUGAGUUGACGUCUAGAACCUCUGUUCCCGUGGAUGUUAUGUACGGUCUGAACAAUGAGGCUGAAAGUACAGUGGUUCUCAAUCUGGUACCACUACUGGAACAACAACUUGACGAUGAGAGGCUGAAGAGAAAUAAUUCCAGUAAAAGUCUGCUGUGCCUGUCCCCUCUGUUUCAUCUGGUGACUGUUUGUGAGUUAAAGACGUCAGACAAUAACCUGGAUAACAUUGAUGCACUGCUAGGCUGCCCAGUGCUGAUGGUGAAGCCAGAGGUCUGUGAGGAGGUGAAGACCAUGUCUGCAAAGGAGAAAGACAUUGUCUGCUCUGCCAUCUUCUAUUGCAUCAACUGGUUCAGGGAAGUGAUCAACAGCUUUGCCCCAAUGUCCAACCCUGAAAUGAAAGCCAAAGUCAUAAUGCGCUUGAAGCACGUCACUGAACUGGUUCUGCAGCUUGAAACUUGUUUGUCUCACCAUAACAACUUCCAGCCACCCCUGGCUAUAUUUGACGAAGUUGCCUCACCCGUUGUGGUCCCUUCAACUGCAGCCCCAAGCACCUCUACAGCAGGCUCUAAGAAAAAAGGGAGAAAGAAUACCAAAAAGGGUAAAAAGUGUCCCACUGAGGACGUUAGUAAUGCUAACGACACAACAUUCACAGACAUUUUGGACAAGUCGCAGGACACAACUCUGCUUGCUAAAACAAAAAAGUCAAUAGAUAUGUCCGCGUAUCGACCUUUUUUCCGCGAGCUUAACUUCAAAGUGUUUGCCAUACUCCAAGCUGGAGUCAUCACAAGGGCCGCUCUAGAUUCUGAAAUGAACACAAAAACUACAGAAGAACUUCAGAUAGGUUUGCCUGAGCUUGUUUUUUUGUUGGAAGAUCUGUCCCUAAAGCUGAAUCACUCGUUGAUUGCCACGGCAACCAAGCGCCGAUCUUUCCUGCAUAGAAGCUCUGCUAAAAAUGUGGGAUUUGCCAUGCUGGAUCAACACACCCCCAAAGAGAUUGCAGAAGAAAUGGCCAAGCUGCUUCCUUGCUUGUGUGAUCACCUUGAGGAGACGUACACGUUCUUCAAGACUCAAAUCUCAAACAAUGAUGGCCUGCUUGAUGCACCGAACAGGUGGUCAGCCAAGUCUGUCAAUAUGGCCGACUGCUUCCAUUUGCUGAUUCAGUGCAUUCACUGUUUGUUUUCAUGGAGUGGGUUCCAAAGUGAAAGCAACAAGUCACUUCUGGAAAAGUGUCUGAAGGUCAUGGUCAAACGAAUCAGUUCAUCUCAGAAUAAGAAUUCCUUUGUAUCACUUCAAGAUUCAUUUGGUAUUGUGUUUCAAUAUUUUGGUGUGAUGGUUGAAGCUUGCCCUGGCUUGGAGACUGGAGCAACUCUCAUCAAACUGCUGAUGUUGUUGGCAGAUAAAUGUCAACGGGAUGAUGUCAAUGACAAACUGGUGUCACUAGCAAAGAUGCUGUUAAGUCGUGACUGGGUGGGUCCUGAUGGACAGAGGCUGAAGGGUGCUAAGCAUAACGAGAACCUGCAGGUGGUCAUCAAGUGUUUCAUUGAGUACAGUGACCAAUCCCUUGAGGCUCUGGAGGUGUUAUCAGUUUCUGGACUAGCAGAAAUGAUCAGAUUGGAAAAAGAUGAAUGUCUUGAAGAAUUUGGAUCAUUGCACAGGCACUCUUUUCCAGUCUAUUACAAAGUAAUACUCUCGGAGCUUAUCAACAUUGUCAAGAAAAUACCAGCUGGCAGGAAAACAGAUUCUUCAACUGUUCAAGAUGACCGACUAGCUAGCUGGUCCACAGCUGUGAAAGUCUUGCAGGUGGCCACCAGCCUAACAAAAGUGUUCAGCGCCAGAAGCAACUUGGCUGCCGCUCUCAAGUAUGGCAGGCAGUUCUUGGAGUGUUUCUUGCGGCAGUCCAUGCCACUUCUGGAUGUCAUCUUCCGCCGUCGCCACACUGAUGUGGAGAAGCUGUUGCGUACGCUACAGCAAAGUACUAGAAUGUUGCAACACCUUUGUGGGCACUCCAAGAAUGUCAAGGAUAUGUCUCUGACCAAUCAAGUGCCAACUUUAAAACGUGCCCUUGAGACACUCAUUUUCAGGGUGAAAGCCAUGCUGAUCUUGAAUAAUUGCCAAGAUGCAUUCUGGGUUGGCAAUCUUAAAAAUAGAAACUUGAAAGGAGAUGAAAUUUCAACCCAGGAGACUGUGAAGGACAAGGUCGCGCCCAGCGGUGAUGGAGAUGGAAACGAGGAGGAGAAGGACCCGGAUGAAGCAGAAGAGGGAGAUGAGGACAUCGGUGAUGUGAGUGAUGAGAGUGAAGUGGAAGUAUCACAGGAGGAAGAGGGAGAUAACCAGACUACAAGUACCACUUCUGCUGGAGGCUCUUACAGUGAAAUAUUUUGAAAACUUAAAAAAAACUUUGCAAUGAUUUUAUAAAAUAUGCAGAGAUUUGAAUUAUAGCAUAGUUUCAAUGUUGGUAUUUAAAAAAAAAAAAAAAAAAAAAGAUCUAAUGUAUAUCUAUAGACAAAAAAAAAUGUAUUACAGGUACGCUCCAUUUAAAGUGUCAUUACCAUAUGUCAAAACAAGUAUAACAAACAGACAUUUGUAUCAAAAGUCUACACCAGUAAUGCCCACCAUAAUCAGCCUGGGCGCCAUGUCUGACAUUUUUCAUGGGAUGCAUCAUCUAAAAGAUUGGAUCCUUUAUGGUUUUAUGACCCAUUGUGGGUUGAAAGCUGUAGGGGCUGAAUAGCUGUGUCUUGGGAUGGAUGUAGCCCGCAGGGCAUAGUUUGCUCAGACAAAGAUGGCAAUGAGUUUUAUGCAGGCUUUAUCUCAAUGCUUAUGUUUCACAAAUAACAUAAAAAAUUGUGUCUUUUUUUUUACAAAGCUUAUAUCAACUCGCUCUGUCUGUCUGUCUGGUAAAAAGUUUGAACAUGUUUUUUCUCCCAUUUCCCAGUCACAGAUCAAGUUAAAACUUUGCACAAUUAUUCAUUGAACCUGACAAGACAUGAAUCAAUCCGAAAAAAAUAAACAGUUAGUGAAUUAAGUAUUGGUGAUUAAUUAUUUAGUUUGAUUUUGAAAUAAGGGCAUAAAUGCUACUUAUUGAGAGAUGUGAAUAUAUACAUGGAUUUAGUCCCCUUAUUACAUUUGGGCAUGUUUUUUUUUUCUCUCACUUUCCAUUCUCUGAUCAAGCUGAAAUUUAUUCAGUCGAUAACUAUUCUUGAAUCAAUCCAAAAAUUCACCAAUUAGUUAAUCUAGUACUAAUUAAUUAAUUAUGUUUUACUAUAGCAGAUAGGGAGAUAAACCCUUUAAUUUAUAGACAAAAUAGCAGUACUUAGCUGUUUCUUCCCUUAGGUAAGCUUUGUUUUUUAAAAAGUUGUUUUCUAUUGCAUGUUUUCAAAUGUUUUGUCAAAUGUUUUACAUGUUUCGGAUGUUCCUUCAGAGUUGAAGAUAGUUUACUUCCUAGUACAAACCUCCCUCAGGACGACCGGGGGAUUGGAGCGGGCAGGAUUUGAACCCUCGACCAUCGAUAAAUCCGAACGACAGUCCAGCGCGCAAACCUCACGACCAGGCAGCCAUCCCAUUAGUUCCUCCGUUAGGAACUUAAUGGUGGUCUGUCGUUUCUCAUCCUAUUAAUUUCUUUUUUAAUGCUUAAUUGUUGUUAGUCUUUCCAUAAUCAAGUUCUUCUAUUACAGGGGUUCUCAACCUGGGGGUCAAUUGGCAAUUUGUCUGGGGUUGCUUAUGUCCUCGAAAAUACAGAAAUAUUUUUUUUAUCCAUUCUAACAUGCAAAACUUGUCACAUACUAUUUUUUUUUUUUUGCUCUUUGGAAUUUACUAAAUAUAUUGUUAUUCGAGGACAGGUGUUGAAGACAACUGAAUCAGUAUAUAUUUCCAACCUUUUUAUCUGUCCAGCAGAUAUUUUAAUAUAAGUUUAAAUUAAAGAAGAUUAAUGGAUAAGGUAUCGUUACUUCUGGACUUUCGUCUUUAAGCUAAAUAGUCAUUCUUCACAAUUAAGUGUUAGUGAAUUAUUUUUUUAUUUUUUUUA